AUGCCUCAAGAAGCAGGACGACGCUUGCCUGUCAACAUUGUCGACGACCUUGCCUCGUCAUACCCGACACAGCGUCUCGGAAUAGUCCCUAGGGGCCUGGACGUCAAGGACGGCUUUCAAGAUGUUACCGCAAAGGACCUCGCGGAUUCUGUAAACGCGAUGUCGUGGUGGAUCGAGAAGCAGAUCGGACGGGGUACUGACAAAGAAACUGUUGCGUACAUGGGAAGCAAUGAUAUUCGGUAUUUGAUUUUUAUUCUGGCUUCCCACAAGACCGGAUACAAGUUGCUGCUCCCCUCUACUCGACUGUCUAAUGAAGCCUACGAACACCUUAUGAACGCCACAGAAUGCAAGAAAUUCUUCUUCACCACAAAAUACGAACGAAGGAUUUCGGAGAUCAGGGACUUCCGUCCAGGCACACAAUACACGAAAGUCCCUAGCGUUGAUGAUGUGCUUAUGACUGUCGGAGCCCAGCCAUAUCCUUUUUCCAAAUCCUACGCCGAGGCCGAAGACGAGGUUGCAUUGAUCAUUCAUAGCUCUGGCACUACAGGCAUGCCGAAGCCCAUUCCCAUGACUCAUGGAUACUGUGCCACGUUUGAAUUCAAUAAACAUGUCUCUAGCCGUACCGACCGAGAGUGUACAACGCCGCACAAAUUCUCCUCGUCCCAACCGUUCCUUGCGACCACCCCGGCUUUCCACCUCAUGGGUCUACUCCCUUACAUCCAGGCCAUAUUUUUCCAAAUUCCCUUCGUCAAUCUUCCGGACAAGCCGCUGUCUGUUGAGCUGAUAAUCGACACAAUCCGUGUCACGCGACCAGCGGCAGCCUUACUUGCUCCAUCACUUCUAGAAGAUAUGAGCCAGUCACAGGAAGCCCUAGAGUGCCUCAGCUUGCUGGACUCUGUCUACUUUGCCGGCGCUCCUCUGGCUAAAGAAACCGGCGACAAGAUCUCAGAAUAUACGAAGAUAAUCACGCUUAUCGGAUCUACUGAGAUGGGACUCAUCAUUUCGUUUGUCCCCGAGAGCCAGGACGACUGGACCUACUUCGAGUGGAAUCCGGACUAUGGAGUGGAUAUGCAAGAUGUCGGUGAUGGGUUGUACGAACUGGUCAUUCCCCGUCGGGGGGAUUCUCGGGCUAUCCACGGUAUCUUCCACACCUUCCCCGAGAAGCAGGAGUACCGAAGCAACGAUCUCUUCGUUCGACACCCUUCGAAGCCCAAUCUCUGGAAAUACCACGGUCGCCGUGACGAUGUGAUUGUCCUUAGCAACGGCGAAAAGCUCAACCCGGUGACGUUAGAGAUGAUCGUUGGAAGUCACCCUCGCGUCAACCGUGCUCUCCUCAUCGGCCAAUCACGAUUCCAGACCUCCUUGCUUAUCGAGCCGAAGUGGGAUGAAGAGGGAGAAAUAGACGAGAAAGAAUUCAUCGAUACCGUGUGGCCGACUGUCCAGCACGCAAACGAAACUGUCCCGAAUUAUGGUCGCAUUGCAAAGAACAAGAUCCGACUGUCGUCUCGCGACAAGCCCUUCAAGGUGACGCCCAAGGGUACGACCCAACGCAAUGCCGUGAACCGGGACUACAAAGAUGAGAUCGAGGCGAUCUAUUCGGCUGCCGACAUAGAAGAGCAAGUGAAGCUACCCGAGUCUCUUGACGAGGAAAGCAUGGUCUCCUUCAUUCGCCACAUCAUUUGCUCUUUGAUCGACCGUGAAGACAUUUCCCCCGAGGACGAUCUGUACAGCUCUGGACUGGACUCGCUGCAGACGAUUCAGCUCGCGAAUACCCUCACCAAGGCUACUUCCUUCCAAAUUCUCGAUGCCGACCGGAAACCGAUCACGCCCCAGCAUAUUUAUGCUCACUCUACUAUCUCCCAGCUGGCACAGUUCCUGCUCACUGUGCUGCGCGGAGAUAUCGUGUCUGUUGCAUCUCGGACAGAUAGAGUCAACAACAUGGUGUCCAAAUACACCAAGGAGCUUCCUUCAGUAACACGUGAUAACUUCACACUUCCUGAUAAGUCGACUGUCAUUCUAACUGGAUCGACCGGCUCGCUCGGCACAUACCUUUUGAACUCGCUUUUGCAUGACGAGACUGUGGCCAAGGUCUACUGUUUCAAUCGCUCAGACGCCCAGUCCCGUCAAAUCAAAAGCUUCCAAGACAAGGGGCUUUCUGCUGCUUCCUUACACAACACCAGCAGAGUUGAAUUCCUCACGGUGGCCUUUGGCGAGCCCAAGUUCGGUCUUCCAUCUUCCAAAUACCAGGAGCUGUUGGAGAUGGUAGACGUCAUCAUCCACAACGCCUGGAAGGUCAACUUUAACCAUCCCCUCGAAUCAUUCGAGAACCCUCACAUCAAAGGACUGUUUGAGUUUGUCAAAUUCAGCAUUGACAGUAAAUACAACGCCCACGUCUCUUUCGUCUCAUCGGUCAGUACCAUCGGAGGAUGGACAGAGGACAUGGGCCCACAGGUCCCAGAACUGCCCGUUGAAGACCCAGCUGCAGCCCUAGAACAGGGAUACGGCGAAUCGAAACAUGUGUCAGAGCGUAUCUGUCUUGAAGCGUCGCGUAAGUCCGCCGUGCCGACGAGCAUCUUCCGAGUGGGACAGAUCGCCGGUCCGACUACCAAGGAAGGCGCCUGGAAUGUGGACGAAUGGGUCCCCACUUUGGUCAAGACAUCGAAGUCACUGGGCAAGGUACCCGAUGGUCUUGGAGGAUAUGAGAUGGAUUGGGUCCCUGUGGAUACUCUGGCCACCGUCAUCAUUGAGCUUCUUCAGACGCGACGCAACCAGCUCUCUAGUAUGCCAACUGCCUUUUUCAACCUCGUCAACCCGAACAAGGCACCCUGGGCUUCCAUGAUCCCGGCUAUCCAGGAUAAAUACCCGGUCGAGCCAGUGCCCAUCAACGACUGGAUCAAGGAGCUCGAGAACAUUAAGAACCCGUCGGAUGAAAAUGUCCGUCAAAAGCCUGCGCUGAAGUUGUUGGACUUCUAUCGCGGACUGGCCGGUGGCAAGGAGAUGCUCUCCGCUGAGAUUGGCGUGUCCAGGACGAAGGAAGCGAGCAAGACGAUGGCGUCGCUGGGAUCGAUUAAUCGGGCUGAGAUGGCAAAUUGGCUGAACCAGUGGGACUUUUAG